UUUACAGAAGGGAGGUAAAAGACUCGACGUAAACAGAGAACAGAGCUGAAAAUAUCGCGCCGCGGUGCCGCUUUAUUCGAUUAAUCGCUACAUAAAGGACGUGUUAGGGUGAAGUGAUUGAUCAGGUCGCAUUCUAAAGCGACCCUGGUCAGGUUGCGGGGUUAUCGGCUCCGUUUUUUCGGUCUAAAUCGGUUCUAAUCGGAGGGGGAUGCAGCUCGAGUCGGAGUGUUGGCGAAGCUCGACAAGCCGACGGUUGAAAUUUAAAUCGAGUUUAAAUUUAAAAAGCAACGGUUUUUCGAUAAGAGCGAGAGAAGAGUGCAGUAUAUGUCCGUUGCGACCGUUAACUGAAAAAAUUUGAAUUUACAGUCACUUUAACCGUCGCUGGUUUACAUUGUGUUGUGUUAGUUUAGGGGUCAUUUUUACUCAGAGCUUUUAAUAUUAUUAUUGAUUGGAUUUAUCGUUCUGUUUUAAUUAUUUUGCGUCAGAUUGAAACCAAACAUCAAGCAUCAUGAAGCUUUUGGAAAACUCCAGCUUUGAGGCGCUGGGCUUUCGGCUGUGUGUGGAAACUGGAGAGUCUCACAUCCUGGGCAGGAUCGAAAGUUACUCCUGCAAGAUGGCCGGUGAUGACAAGCACAUGUUCAAGCAGUUCUGCCAGGAGGGGGAGCCACAUGUACUGGAGGCGCUUUCACCCCCGCAGACCAGCAGCGUCCCCAGUCCCAACCUCCUGGGGAAGAGCGGUGAGGAUGUGGAAAACCCUCUGAGCGAUAAGUGCUGCAGGAAGACGCUGUUCUACCUCAUCACCACGCUCAACGAGUCCUUCCGUCCAGAUUACGACUUCAGCGCCGCCAAAGCCCACGAGUUCAGCCGCGAACCGAGCUUCAACUGGGUGGCCAACGCUGUGAACAGCAGCCUCUACUCGGCUGUGGGCGAGGAGUUCAACACCUUGGGUCCGGAGCUCUGGAACGCCAUCGACCAGGAGAUCAACCUGCAGAGCUGUGACAUCUACAGCUAUAACCCAGAUCUGGACUCUGACCCCUUUGGUGAGGAGGGUAACCUCUGGUCCUUCAACUACUUCUUCUACAACAAGAAACUCAAACGCAUCGUUUUCUUCACCUGUCGCUCUGUCAGCGUCCUCAGUAACUAUGGCCGCGGGGGCCUCGACAACGAGCUGGACAUGGAGCUGGACGACGAUGAUGAGGAGGAGGUGGACGGAUUCACCGAGGACAGGUUUCCUCAGACUCUGUGUGUGUAGAGCUUUCUCAGGAACUUCUGCUUGAGCUCCAGCUAACACGCCAUUGUUUUUUUCCCAUCUGGAAGCUUCUAUGCAUCUUCAUUUAUCUGCGCCAUUAAGAAAGAGCUGGAUAAUGUAGAGCCCGAUCUCUCUAUGUUUCUCUCAAGCUUUUGGAACAGUAAGGAACCCUUGUGGACAUUCUGGAAACGCCGAGGACGUUUUGAACUUGUGUCAAAGGCCAAAGCUUGGUUAAGGUUUGAUGAACUUGCUGAUGGGGGGAAUCGCCUUUUGCCGUCUUUCUUUUAUCCUGAAUGAAAAUUACCAACAUGCACCAGCAGUUCAGAUUGGACCGGCUCACUUUGGUCACAUGAUUUUCACCCAGUUAUAUGUGAAUGAUGAGGGCCUGUAAUUUACCCGUGUUUCUAUCGAUGUUUGUGCUUUUUAUAUAUGACCUGUGUGUUUGUAAAUCCAGCAGUUUUAGCUGAUUGUAUUUUAUCGCACUGAACAGUCGACCCAGUUUAAGCUCGUCGGAGAGAAAUGAGAACCUGGUGAAUGUGUUCUCGUUUGAAUGUGAUGAUGCAUCGCUGUCAUUUCUGUUAAACAUGUGAUACGAUCCUGUAGCUAUUGCUUAACUUGCUGCUCGAAUUACAUUUUAUUUUCGCUCUUGUUUUUACUGUUGGGAAAAUAAAUACGUCUCGACUUCA